AAUUUAGCCAGCGGGGGCUAGGCCUACUCUUUAUCCUUCAUAUUUUUACAACAGUCGCGCGAAGCUGUGAUCGAUCUUGGCCGAGGCUAGGCCUAACGGUUCAGCUGAACAACACUUUCCGACCCGCUAUCUGCUCAGCAGCGAGUGGAAUUGCGUACCUGGCACAAGUUGCCCUGACCAUCUGAUUGGUUGAUGAAAGGAUACGGCGUAAUGUUUGAAAGACGAAUUUACACAGAAAAGUGAACAUUGACAAUUAUUUAUCAAAAUCGAUGCUAAGAUGGAGCAUGAUGUUUGUGACAAAAAGGAAAUGGGCAGUACAUUACAUGACGAUAUGACACCCAGUCGCCCGGCAUCGUUGUCCUUGAAAGAGGCAGGGGAGGCUGGCUCCAAGCACAAAGAUUUUUUUCAAACGCCUCUGAACACUGAGCUGCUGCUACACAAUGAGAGGGGCACUCUCCGCAGCGUCGACAGUGGCUUCUCCGAGAGAAGUGUUUUUUCCUUGCUCGGUGAUGAAACGCCAGGUCUGUCUGCAAGCCGUGUGCCUUCUGGUGUGGAAGACAAUGAAAUUUGCAACUCUAGUGGAGUGGACUCUUUGCCUGACAACAAUUUUUCUCCUACAUCUCAUCUGCACAAUAUUGCUGGGAGAGCGAGGAGGUUGAAAUUUCAUCCAUUUGAUGAACGACCACCUGCUUUUCAACUUUUGUCCUCUUUAGAAGACGAUGGUGAGGAAGGCGCUGAUGAGAGAUUAAGUAGGGGGAAUAACAGCUUAGAUAGCAGAGAAAACAAAGGUGAGACUGAGAAGCAGAUAUCAGCAUCACUAGUGCAAAAUACUCUAGAAUCUGAAAAAAGUUCUUCGAGUUCUCUCUCUAGCAGUACGGAUGACUUAGAGCUCAGUUUGCAGGAAAUGUCGUUAGAAGAAUCUUCAUCUGGCAGUAUGACGUCUCUAGUCUCUCGCACUUCUCCAAUUUAUCACACUGAUGCUCAUGUGAGAAUUGAUCAGAACUCUGCUUCAAUAUUUAAACGGGACAGCAUAAUAAAGUCAAGGAAGGAGGAGACACAAGAGCCUGAUCUUGAUUUUGAAGCCAGUGAAGCACUGUCCAGCAUGAGUAUAUCACCUCCUGUAAUGUCCACCCUCCCUUCCAUAAAUGGCAAAGAACAUUCCUCUUCCGGUGUUGCUGAAGGCUCUCCACAUGAGCAACAAGAGUUUCUGAAAUCACUGUCUCUCACAAGAAGACUGCUUCCAGAAAUAUCCUCUCCCUCCGCCUCGACGUCAGCCUGUCCUGAACACCCUAUUGGUCAACAAACAGCAUUCCUUGAUGACACAGAGGCUAUGUUACAGGAGAGCAGCUUAGAUGCGACAUUAACGUUUGAUGUUCCGCACUCUCCACCAAGAGACUGUGAAAUUGUUUGCAUCUGUGGUAGGAGAAAAUCUCUCCAUCUCUCUAGAGUUCCACUACUUCCCCACGAGUAUGAUCAUUUUGAGUCAGAGUGUCCUGUUUGUUCCAACGUCAUAUUGGAAAGCCCUGGCAAAAGUACUAGUCGUAGGCCAAGCCCUGACCAAGAGUUCAUGUCACUACAAAGUCCGUCCAAAGCUAUGAAAACCUCCCUGCUGUCACCUGCCCUAACUGGAAAUAUCAAGAGAGUGACAAGAAGCCCAAACAAAAAAGCCAGAGAGAAAAGUUCGACAGAUGGUACAACCGUAGUGAAAAAGAAGAGUGUAAAACGAAGCAUUUUUUCUGAUAGCUCAGUUGUUUCAGGGCAAAGCCCUCAGUCGUACAACUCCCAAAUGUCUGGCUCUACAAAUUAUGAUGAGAAAACAAUGGAGGAAAUUAUGUUGUUAGAGGAAGAAAAAGUUGAUAGUUUUAGAGUUGGCGGGUCCGAGUCUCCUUUCCAUGGUCUUGUGCAAUAUUCACCUGAAAGAAAAGCUCACGCCACCCAUGAUAUCCUUUACAGAGAUGGUGCAAACAACGAUUUGGACUUAGAGUCACUAUUGGAACAAGUUGUGGACAAAUUCUCUCCUAGAGAGCCAUCUCGUUUGAUAGGUUGUCGAAUUGGUGUAAUCAAAUUUGACAUUCUUGGAGAGCUUAGCAGCAAAAACUUCCUAUUCUGCGUUCAGCAAAUCCUGGAGCAUCUGAGUGAUCAAGACUUGGACACAAUGUGUCAAGUGAGCAUGGUCUGGAAGUCUGCCUUGUUCAAUGACCUGCGAGCGUCCAGCAGAUAUAAGCUGUACUGCGCUCUCCAGAUGAGGCAGGCUGUGUUGAUUGGCAAGGAAAAUGCUAAAGAAAAAUCCUUGGAGUCUGAGCAGUAUGAAACUCUAACAGCCUCAAAGGGCCGCCUUACUGCCGUCCAGCUACAAGCAGCAAGGCCAGAGCAUUCAUCACAGGAAAUUCCAAAGCCUCCCUUGGAGCUGCUAUCAGGUGACAAGCUACGGUCCUGCCCCCACUGCCAGGCUCCGGCCAAGGAGAUGGAGUGUCAGGACCGAGCCGUGUGCUCCUCUGAGACCUGUGCCUACGACUUCUGCACGCUGUGCUUCGCCGCAUUCCAUGCCACCAAACGCUGCAAGCCGCUCUGUUUGACCUCGUCAAGAAAUGACAUGGCUGGUACCCGAAAGAGUCGAAAAAACCUCAGACGAUUAUGACGAUACCCAUUGCCAUUAGAUAAGAGUUACUUGUUUUUAGUUCGUGAAAAGAACCGCUCAAUUUGGGCCCUGCUCAGUUCCUGUGUGUUAAUCGUUGAAGUUGACCCGUGUUGUGGCACGAUUGAAUCAAUCCUAACUUGUGAUCAUUUCUAUUCGUAAGGUUUGUGUCUGAUUUGCGAGAAUGUGCUCCUGUGCGUGAGAUAUUCCUUAUUCUCCUUAUUCUCCUUAUCUUGCUACCUAUCUCUUAACAGGAACCUUACUUCAACCUCGGACCAAAAGGUUCUUUAAAUUCUCUUGUAAAUUGUUUCUUCAAAGGAUAAAUUUAAUUGUAAACUGCAAGUCUUCCAAGUUAGAUUCUGUUGCCAGUAGAACUUUCAACUUGAAGAAGGAAAAGAAAACAGUAGCCUUGGCUGUGAUGAUUUGUUUAGGCUGUGACGUUGAAACCAUAAUAUUGGCACAGAAUUUCUCUCGGCACACAAAUGUGUUGAGUGAUUUCAAAAAUAUUUAUUAGAUAUUCUUUUAGUGCUUUUUUAAAAUGCGCUUGAAGUGUGACCACUGAGUCAUCAACUGUUGUUAUCCAAUCUUAUACCAGAAGAAAAAAAAAACAACCAAAAAAAAA